AUCCUGAGAGGAAGAAGCUACGUGAGGUGGAGAGGAGACGGCUGGUACUUAUGCACUUACGCAGCAAUAGCACAAGCAGAAACGAAAGCAGAAUGAAGUGAACAUCAGACGAGAAUCAGUUUAUGAGCAGAAGUUCGUGGAUCAGCACUGACGAAGAAACCGGCUUUGGAAUCUAAAAUUUCAGAAUCAUCCUCUAAAGCUCCACAGAUCUCCUCUUUGAGCAGAAUGGCUGCGUCUGGUGUUCAUCAACUCUUUCUCCUGUUUUUCCUUUUUUCUCUGUUUUCCAUCUCUUCUCCAGCUGCAGAAGAGGACUGUACCACCAGGCCUCCCCGAGGGCGUUCCUUCGGGUUUAUGCCUGGCUGUAACAAAACUUUGACCGAGAACCAGAAGAAGGUGCUCCAGUCUAAAACCACAGUUUUGCUAGUUCCUCUGCUCUACCUCCUAGCCUUCAUUGUGGGCCUCCCUGCUAAUCUCCUAGCCUUGUGGGUGCUGCUCUUUCGCACCAAGAAGUUUCCAUCCACCAUCCUCUUGGUCAACCUCACAAGCUGUGACCUGCUGCUUCUGCUGCUGCUUCCUUUCCGCAUCGUCUACCACUUUCAGGGAAACGACUGGCACUUCGGAGAGCCUUUUUGCCGCCUUGUGAUCGCACUCUUCUAUGGGAACAUGUACGGCUCUGUCCUUUGCCUGACACUAAUUGCAGUGGACCGCUAUGUAGCCCUUGUGCACCCGUUCGGAGCUAAGACCCUCCGCAGCCAGAAAACGUCAGUGUACAUGAGUUUGGCGGUCUGGGCCAUGGUGUUGGUUGCAGCUGCACCUCUGCUAGCCUCACAGCAGUCUUAUAUGCUAAAUAACCCAUCUAUCACAACCUGCCAUGAUGCACUGCCUAAAAGCGAACAGAAGAGCUACUUCCUGCCUUAUUUUGCGACCCUCUUCUUCCUCUGCUUCCUGGUGCCACUGUUGGUAGUGCUGUUCUGCUAUGGUGCUGUCCUGAGGACCCUGGUGGCUGCUGGUAGCCGUUACUCCCACGCCGUGAGAGUCACUAUUCUAAUUCUUGUGGUUUUCAUGGGUUGCUUUUUGCCCAGUAAUGUCCUUCUGUUGAUGCACUACUCUGCAUCCUACCUGCUGGAGGGCAUGAGUGAGAAAGGUGAUGCCCUCUACAUGCCCUACAUGAUCAGCCUGGCUCUCAGCACCUUCAACAGCUGUCUCGACCCUUUCAUUUUCUACUACGUGUCUGAGGAUUUCAGGGAGAAGGCGCGAAAGGUGCUUUGCCUUGCUUCUGAUUCUUAUGAGUCCUCUUCCUCAGGGAACCAGGUAUCCUACUCCUCAGGGACAUCGAGGUCCAAGGUCACUCUGCUGUCCAAUUCAAGCAGGACUACGGGAGUUUUAGACAGAGAGGUAGUAAGAUCAUAACCUGAGGACUAAAAAUCCUACACAGUAGAAUUACCAAG